AGAGAGAGAGAGAAGGGUCAAGAGAGAGAGAAGUUAUGAGGCCAAUAAACAAUGUAUCAUCAUCAGAAAUCAGUGCGAGUGGGAUCAAAAUAUGGAAGUCACCAAUUCCUUACUUGUUUGGAGGCUUAGCAGUAAUGCUGGCUCUCAUAUCUGUGGCAUUGGUGAUCCUUGUUUGCUCCUACAGAAAACGUGCUUCUUCUCAGUCAUCAUCAUCUGAAGCUGAAGACGACAUGAAACAAGCAAUGCCAAAGAUCGUAGAGAUAAACUCUGAGCCUGAGGUUCUUGUCAUCAUGGCUGGGGAACACAAACCCACUUACCUUGCCAAACCAAUCACUUCUUCAUCAAUUUACUGCACUUGUGGGGCUGAAACUGAUCAACCUCAACCACAACCAACCCCUUCAUCAACCUCAGACAAUGACCAUACCGUACCUUAACCAAUUAAAGGGAUCAAAAAAAUUUUGCUCUACAUACACUAUAAGCACCUUUCUUCCUUUUCAUUUUUCAUAUUCCAGUGGUUUUGUGAGAGCACGGAAUGUGAUCACUGAAAUGACUGUUUCUUUCUGAGAAUUUUUUGUUUUUCAUAAUGAAACGAUUGCGGCUUAUUAGACUAUAAUUAUUGAUACAUAUGUUUUGCUA